CAAUCCAACAUAGCAAUUUAUUCAAGAUGUCUGAUUGCAGUUGGAAGAAAUCGUUGGUUCUGUCGUUUGUAGUUCUAGUUGGGAUGGUGAUCGGGAUGUGUAUUAUCAAAGCAUGUGAAGACAAACAAAUUGCUAGCGAUGGCYACCAUCUAUCUUAUCUCGAUACCUUCUGCAUGUGCUUUCAGACUGUCACAACAAUCGGUUAUGGAGAUCAUACCCCUCAAUCUCACGCAGCCAGGGGAUUUCUUGUUAUAUUCGCUCUUGUUUUUAUUCCYAUAAAUUUUUGGCUUCUUAAGCGGUUAGGCGAACACAUUCUGAACAUCCAGAAGACUGGAAUAACGAAACUGGAAUCUAAACUCUUUCACAAUAAUGAACCACGAUUUCUUGGUGAAAAGUGCGCGGCAAUUGGAAUUGUUCUCGCGCUGACCAUAGUGUUCGUGGGCGCAGCCAUCCAACAACAAGAUGACAAAGAUUGGGAAUUUCUUGACGGUGUCUACAGCUUUAUUAUAACCUUGACUACAGUUGGGUUUGGUGAUSUGAUUCCCUUCUACGGAUCGUCUCCACCGCUGAAGAUAUUCAUGCUSCUUUACAUGUAUUUUGGAUUGUGUCUCAUGUCGAACAUCGUWCAAGSUUUUAUGGAAGUAAAAGAGUCCAUUACCGCCAUUGAAAGGUGUUUUCCAUGCACUCGUUACCAGGGAUCGCGGUUGGAAGAUGAUGUCGAUAUUGUGAGACAUUCGGACCUGCGCAACUCAGAGGAGAUAUAAUCAUGAAAACUAUUUAUAACUGAAUGACAUACGACAUUUAACAAGCAUUGUAUUUAUUCAAAUAUAUCUCCUAUUUACUUCAUCCUACAUCWCCAUCGAGUAAAUGUCAGUUCUGCAAUGGAUGGUUCUGUAGAUUGCCGACCGAUUGACGUCAUUACCGUAUUUUUCUUUUGUCUUGCAAAAGAUUGUCGCUAACCGCCUACGAACCAUACCGCCUGACGACAAAACCACUUAAACAUGAUAAGAACGGAGAAGGACAACCAUUUCAAAUCCCUAAUGAAUUGCCAAACAAGAACUAAUAGAAAAUGAGGAACAAGAUAUGAAUUGAUUCUUUGCAGCUAUUGGCAAACAGGUAUUCAUUAGGAUAUGCGGUUAAGAUGAUUUGUGGCAUCACCCCUCAAAGCAAUCAUCGGCGUUAUGACGUCAUAAGUCUCUUUGACUAAAAUAACAUCACAAGGAACAAACCAUCAAACGAAUUGUUUAUUUCUAUCGCAACAAACUUGAACAAUCGGCUGCGGAAGAAUUCGAUUAUGACAGUAAUGCAGUACCAAUUGAGACCUGCUUUUUGAUUGCUCCUUAAGUACAGCACCACUAUUGUUAGGUUAGGUUUUGUUAUAUUCUUGGAAGACUUAUCUAUUGUUUGUCCAUUGUUUUCUCAACCUAUCAUGAGACCCGUUCCGAGCGGUGCUACCCGAUUAUGACGCCAUUAUCACUACGUCAGUCUGGCCGCACCCACCGCAGAACAGUUAUCAAUUAAAGUCUAUUCUUUUUUGGUCCAUAAAACAAAUAGGUUUUAAGAUAACGGUUGGUGGGCACUAUUUUAACAGUUUUUAUUUUUAAUAAGUUAAACAAAGCUUGCUUCAAUUAUCUAACUGUUUUCAACAUGUCGAAACUCGAGCUAAUUCAACUGGAAAUCCAUUUUUUUUACUGGGAGGAUUAUAAUAAUACAAAGCAACCAUAAAUUAUUUUAACCAUAAAACGGCCGAUUCUUUGAUGAUCAUUUUUUAUUCCUUGGAAGUCGGGCAGUUAGUUAAAUUCCCUUUGAGGUAAUAUUAAAUUUUUAUUACCAUUGUUUUGUGGGAUAGUGUAUUCGGAUUUUAGAACCAAAACAAACCACCACCAGCAUAGUUCCGUUAUCCUUKGAAUUCCUUGGCUAUAACUAUUAACAUUGAAGUCUGAUAUAAACCAUCGAGCUUUUAUCUUAUUAUAUAAAAACAAACCGAGUUAGAUUUGAACAUAAUGACCAGCUGUUAUUGACGGUGGUUCUUUUUGUGACUUCUUAUUGGUUCACGCUUUAUUAGAUUACAAUUUACCAACAAAUAGUUACCAGAAACAUAGCAAUUUCUACAGAGAUAUGUAUCUUGAAGAAAUUGGACGAUUUUAAAAGCUUAAGAGCAUGAUAAGGUCAGUAUAUUCAAAACUGUUUCGAUAUUGACACAACAUUUUGUUUCCCUGUUUACUCAGUUAUGGAUGGUUUUUUUUAAAGAAGCACAAAGAGGUUCUUUUAUAUUUUGAAUGCUCUGCCUUAAAUGUAGUGUUAUGGUUUGUCAGAAAGAUAUUGUGAUUUGAUACAGUAUUAUCAGUAAAACAUCGCUGGUAAACAACAAGAUGCUAUAAACGGGCUCAACAACGAAAUAAAAUGAACUAAAACUGCCCAGGGUAGCAUAAUGAAUAGGCUGUAAUAUUUAUGGCUGUGAAUCCAGUAYGCGACAUGUAACGAUGCACUUAUCUCAGUAAGGUAGGAAAUGAACAUGGAUUUUUGUCUUCUGCGGYUUGAUCAGUUUGCGGUCCUCUAUUUUUCGCGGCCCUGCAGGAUAGAUCCGCCAAAUUUGAAAUCUUGCGUCCUGAUCUCUUCAUUAAAGAAUAGAUGWAUCGAAUAAAGAAUAAAUCUUCUCUUAUUUCCUUUU